GAUAGAGAGAGAAUCCAAAGAUAAGAAAGAAAGAGAUCACAUCACAAAGCAUCAUAUAUUUUUUUUUCUCUUUCUCUUUCCACUAUUCCAUUUCUUUCUCUCUCUUUCUUUCUUUGUUUCUAGGGUUUCAACAAGUGUUUGUGUUUAUAAGAGUGUAUCCAACUUUGUGUUGUGUUUCACAAAUUUGGUGACAGUUUGGUACUGACCCAGAAAGAGAAGGCUCAGUAGGUAUACCCAAGAGAGAAGAAGAAAAACAAAACAAGCAAAAUAGUUUAGAUUCAUCAGAUCGAUCGAUUUGAGUAGUUUCUUUUUUAUUAUAUAUAUAUAUUUAGAGAGAAGAGAAGAAAGUAGUAAUUAAUAUAUAUAUAUAUAUAUUUAUCUAUAUAUUAUAUUACAUAAUCGUGUGUUUUGUUUUUUUUAGAUAAAAAGAAGUAAAUUAAGGAAAAGGGGGAAGGUUUUGGCUAGGGUACUAAUUUAGUGGGAUAAUAUAUUUAGGUAAAGAUUUGAUCUGAUAUCGAUCUGAUCAUGGGGAGAGGAAGAGUGGAGCUGAAGAGGAUAGAGAACAAGAUAAACAGACAAGUCACUUUUGCAAAGAGAAGAAAUGGCCUUCUCAAGAAAGCUUAUGAGCUCUCUGUUCUCUGCGAUGCUGAGGUUGCUCUCAUCAUCUUCUCCAACCGUGGCAAGCUCUAUGAGUUCUGCAGCAGCCCUAGCAUGGUCAAAACACUUGAACGGUAUCAAAAGUGCAGCUAUGGCGCUGUGGAAGUCAGCAAGCCAGCCAAGGAGCUUGAGAGUAGCUAUAGGGAGUACCUGAAACUGAAAACUAGAUUUGAGUCCCUGCAACGAACUCAAAGAAACCUUCUUGGGGAAGACUUGGGCCCGCUAAACACGAAAGAGCUUGAGCAGAUUGAGCGUCAACUUGAGUCAUCACUCAAGCAAGUUAGGUCCACUAAGACCCAAUAUAUGCUUGACCAGCUUUCUGAUCUACAAAGCAGGGAACACAACUUAAUAGAAGCUAAUAGAGCUUUGACAAUAAAGCUGGAUGAGAUCAGUUCAAGGAAUAACUUUCGACAGUCAUGGGAUGUUAGUGAACAUGAACAUCAGCAAACUAUAUCGUACGGUCAUCAGCAUGGCCAGUCUCAAGGCUUGAUGUUCCAACCCUUAGAUUGCAAUCCCACUUUGCAGAUAGGGUAUAACGCUGCAGUAACAGAGCAGAUGAGCAACAAUAAUCAUGGUCAACAAGUGAACGGGUUCAUCCCUGGAUGGAUGCUUUGACUCAUCACUUAGCGAUGAUCUGAUCAUGAAAAUGCAUAAUGAAGCAUAACAAGUAUGUGCUUUGUUGUGUGUGUGCUAUAAAUAUAUAUAUAAGUGGUUUCGUGAACCUAAUUAAUGUAACUCUUUUAUAUAUAUUAAACAUAAAAUCAGCUGAGACUGAUGAAUUUCGGAUGACCAUCAAAGGACAUGCAAUGCAAGUUUAAUUACGUAUAUGCUUUUGUAAGAAACUGAUCAUAUACUAUAUUUUCGAGCUAUUUUUUUUGGGCUUAA